GUCUGAGCCACGUGUCUACGCAGUCGUCGAUGGCGCGCCGCAAGACGCUGUCUGCGAUCCAGGACGAGCAGCUGGGCUUCAAGGAGAAGCCGGACUAUCUGACCGUGAAGGUGAUGGUGCGGUCGAUUCCGCACGAUCGAUCGGUGGUGUAUCCGGCGUGUCCGAACGUGAAGGAGGACGGGAGAAAGUGCCAGAAGAAGCUGAUUCAGGGCGUGGACGGAUGGUCGUGCGAGUCGUGCAAUCGAGUGGUGGAGGCGCCGGAGUACCGGUAUAUCUUUAACAUGGAGGUGAUGGACUAUUCGGGGUCGCAGUAUGUGCAGCUGUUCAAUGACGAGGGCGAGCGGUUCUUUGAGAUCCCGGCAGGCCGGAUGAACGAGUUGGAGAAAUCGAACAGCGAGGAGUACGAGAAGGUCUUCAAGAACCGGCUGUUCAAAGAGUAUAUCAUGACGUUGCGCGUGAAGGUGGACCAGUCCAUGACCUCGCGCGUUCGCUGCACGGUGUAUCGCUUCGACCCCGUGGAUGUGGACAAGGAAGUGGACGACCUCGCCUCUCUUCUGGAUUCCAUGCAGCUCGACUAAACCCACCGAUUUUUACCACCCUGUACUUGUAUCUGU